CAAAACACCGAAAGCAAUCGAGAGUAGUCUCUUUAUCACCCCGGCAACGCCCGGUGUGUUGCUAGGGUGCGUCAAAGCAAAGAAAGAAGAAAAAAAAAACACAUCGACUGCAGCCUGGGUCCGGCGUCGGAACAAUUGUGCCAGUGUGGGCCAGGUUCGGCACCGCCCGGGAGGCCAUUUUGUGUGGCUAGUCGCGAAACGCUCAGCGCGCGCCGGAUCGAUGGGCGCAAAAAACGCCAACGAAAUGAAAAAUGUCUUCGCUGAGGAAAUCCGCAUCGUUCCGUUCGAGGAUUCCCGUGCGCCGGACGCGCCUACCGCAUAGGCGUUGCGCCAGUCCCGACCAGCAGCCGGUGUCGACCGGGCACAGCCACGGUUCGGAAUCGUCCAUCGCUACCGGGGGGCUUACGGACGCUGGGGUGGACCUGUUUGGCCGGGCGGUAGCCGUUGGACAGCAGCCAAAAGCCUGGUACGAUCGGAGCCAUUGCUAUUCGUCCUCGAGCUACUCGAGCAGCGACGAGAGCUACGACUCGGAAGCGGCUCCAUUUCAGCAGCUCCUGAAUCAAUCAUCGGCAAGGAUCGGUGCUGGUGCACCACACCACCAGACGGUUCCUGGACAACGCCAGCAGCAGGACGAAUACCGGCCCACCGGUGAGCAGCCGGUUCCACACCAGCAACCGUUUGCGGUCUCCAGCUGUUUGAGCACGUCGACCGACGCCAUGAGCCUCGACGGACUGCUCGAUUGCGUCAGCACGGGGACGUUCUCCUGUCCGCCAUCGCCAAAAGCGAAAUCAUAUUUGGAUAGCGAAACCGGUGCUCGACAGUCCAGCUUCUACGAGUCGCUGGAAGAGCUGAACUAUGCACUCAAAACGCUCAUCAUAUCGGACUCGUUUCACGCGCAACGGCCCAUCCGUCCGAAUGCCGGCUCAUCCGAACCUGUGGAAUGUUCGCUGCCGCUGGUGGAAAAUUCCCGGCAGCAGCAUUGCGUUGGGGCGGAAAAUCUGCGUUCGCAGGAAUUCACCGCACCCACGAACUCACACCCAGACCCACGUCAGCCCGUAACCAUGACCGGGAAGGAUGAGAAAACCGAUGAGAACAGCAAGGACGAUGGCGAGGACGGCGACGACGACCUAAUUAAGCAGCGAAAGUUGAGCGACUGGUACUACAUCAAGACGGCUCCUUCAAAGAAAGCACCAUCCAGCCCAUUCGAGCGCCGUCGUGCCAAUGGUGCCCGCGUUCCGAAUGAUCCUGCCCGGCGUAACACUCGCUUUCCACCGGCACCGACUCCGCGAGCCUCGAAUCCGGACAUCCCCAGCGAAGAGCGGACAUCCGCGAUCGGCCAACCGGUGGCACUGGACCGGAAGGGAUUUCCUUCGCCAGUGCCACGUCCUCGCCGGUUGCCAUCGGGUGCAGUCACCAAGUCGGCUUCAUCAUCCAGCGUACACGUACACGGGCUUCGUGGCCAGAUGCAUCCGAUGCUCGCGAACCGGUUGCAUUCAAACUCGGAUCUCCAGCAGGCUGGGACGCGUAAAGCCAUCGCUCCCGCGUUGCUGCAAGACGACCAGAUUGGCGGACUUGAUGAUGAUUCACCGGCGGGCAUCCUUGGGAGCCGGGAAAUGGGCGACGAUCGGGAUCGGCGUGGAUUUUCACCGUACUGCAGGCGUCGCAAUGCCCAUCCGCCUCAACUCGUGCCGGAAUGGUUCCCACCUCCUCCACCACCACCGUACCAUUAUCCCCAUCAACAUCACCAGCAUCCGGUGCAGGACGAACAACGCAGCAUCUACGAGAAUUUUCCUGCCGUCUCGACCAACCAACAAGGCAUGGUUGUGAUCUCACCCGCGAGUCCACGAGCCCGUCAGACAACGAGCCACCCGCCAGGGCACCCAGCGAACCGACCUGCGCUGUACGGUAUCGAGGAAAACGAGGUGUUCCAGUACAAAGUGCCACCCGGCGCACUGGUGGGUGGUGAUCGGCGACCCCUGCCAAGGCCUCCGAUCGAUUCCGACGAUGAGCUCGAGGUCACCGGAACCGGUCAACGGGUGCACGUGGAAAAGAAGAGCUCUCUCACGCGGUGCUACCCAACAAAGUCGCAACCGGCACCACAACCUGCGCAACCCUCACAACAACCCCAGGUGUCCUUGCAGCAGCAGCAGCAGCAGCAGAAACAACCGGCCACAACACCCACACCAAACCCAACGCCCUUCCGGACGGAUUAUGAGCUGUCCGGGUCGUACGUGUCGCUCGAGUGUCCUUCACCGCCCGGACCACCGGCAUGCGGUCCCGAAGGUCGCCGAGGUGAUCCACAGGCUCGUCUCGCGAACUACCUGCGUACGCUCUACACCGAGCUGGCCCUCAAAGAACCCGUCCUGCCCGGGUGGGUUCGUCCCGUCGCACCCGGUGUCCUUUCUCCGGCACGACUCGAACCGGAUCUACGUCUUCACGUGCACUCACACGGCCUGAACGAACCGAUCGGUGUCGAUCAGAUCCUAACACCCGUGCAGACGAAGGAUGGCCCAUUUCUCGAGGCACCCCGACGUGUCCUGAUCGAGUGUCCUCCGUGGGCAACACGAUCGGCGUUGGCGUUACGCAUCCUGCACGGCUGGAGCCGUGAGUCACCUUGGCCACCGAGAGGUCAACCGGUCGCGCUCGCUCUUUUUCUCCCACUGGCCGAGCUGAAGGGUACGAUCGCGUCCUACAUCGGCAAGGAGCUUUUGCCCCGAGGACCACCCAACCCGUUCGCGUCCGGUUUCGGUGGUUUCAAUGCGGCGUGGGCUUCCCUCGAAGCGCUCAAAGGCAAACUGCUGAUCGUGCUGGACGGGUAUGACGCGCAAGGACGCACGCGUAAAGCCAACCGUGCUGGGCUGCCGAAGGACGUGCUCGAUCUCCUCGAAGGUCGGCUCUUUCCGGAAGCGCGCGUCAUCCUGAUCAGCGUCACCGCAUCCUGCGGCGAGCUGUUGCCACUCGUGCAACGUCACAUCACCUUCGAAGGACUCGCCUGGGGUCGCUCGGUAUCGCUUCUCGGUGGUGGACAAUGGGGCGCACCAACACGGCUCAUCGAUCGCGUCCAAUCCUGUCGCCAUCUGCGUCAGGUCGCACGCACCUCGCUCGGAUGUCUCGCGAUCGCGGCCAUCUUUGAAGCGGGUGCUGGUGAACUGCCCACCGACGAACUCGACGUCGUUGCGGCCGUGUUUGGUUGUGUGGCCGCAAACGCAACACACGCGCAACUCACCGAGCUAGGACGGCUGGCUCUGUUCUGUCUGAAAGCCAAACGAUCGGCCGUGACGGCGGGUGAGCUGAAAAUGUAUUGCUCUUCACCGGAUACCGCCAUCAGUGGGUGUCUCGAUCGUGCGCCCGUUUUUGGUCGCACGGCUCGACGCAAACCCGACCAUCUGUACACGGUCGUGUGUCCCGGGUUGGCGGAGUUCCUGGCCGCACACUAUCUCGUCUCGUUAGCCGGUCGACCCGGGCUUUUGGCGGCCGAAAUCGCCGGGCUCGCCGUUGGGGAUGAAGUUGAACCUGAGAUCCUGAAAGUGCUCGGUUUCGGUAUGGCUUUGCUCGGUGCUCGAGCCCAUCUACUGCUGUCCCGACUGACGCCACUGUGGCUCAGUCCACAGACCAUCUUCUCGCUCGCGCUAGCUGGCGGUGAAACUGAAGCCAACCUAACGGCCCUCUGCGAAAUGUUGGGCAUCUCGAAAGCACCACCGGUACCGCCGCUCGAAGCUCGCCCCGUCUGGGUGUCGAUCAAAUCCACCCUCUCCGAGCUGCAGGGUUGGGGACUCGCGUUCAAAAGCCCAACCUGUACGCUCAAAAACCUCGAGCUGGUGUAUCAGCUCGAGAAGAACCUGCUGCUCGAAUCGCGCAACGUAAUGGACAUCUUCCUCGACGCGCUGUCCAAGAACGAAAGUGUCACGACCCUGCGCAUAACCUCACUUAUCGAAACCGAGGUGCGUGAUUCCGACAUCAACUAUCUGGCGAGUUGCGUCUCGAAAGCGCUGCUAAAACCCCGUCUCGAGUCUUUCGAGCUCGUGCUGACACUCCUCGAGGAAGAUCCACCCGCGCUAAAGCUUCAAUCCGUCGUGACAGCGCUUUGCCGCACGAUCCCACGGCAACCACGUUUGGGCAAUCUUUCACUCGAUCUCGGCCUUUGCACCUCACAGUUGGUGCAACUUUGUGCCACCCUCGAACAGUGUCCACACGUGACGCGACUUUCGCUGCCACAUUUGCGCUGUGAACGUGGUGCCGUCGGUGCAUUGGCCGCGUUACUGGCCGUCCGACCGUUGUCUUACUUAGGACUCCCGGCAAGCUGGGGCGCUCGAGAUGAUCCACCCUCAUCGAGCGGUGUUAGCAUGGGUUCCGGUUCCGGCAGCAGCUCCGGCAACUCAGGUCUCAUCAAGCAAUCCUCACUAACGGGACCCGCCGUUCCAUCGCCACGACUCGCCUACCCAGGAUGUCCUGCGGGUCCUUUUUCAUCGCUACCGCGUGGUGCGCUAAGUGCGGCCGCUUACCCAGGACGAUCGGCAACGUUACCACGCCAACCGAUGGAAGGACCACCGGACAAACGCAGCACGGACAGUGUGAUCUCGCGCACCUGGUAUCCAACGCCGGCCUGUGACGGUGGUCCGCACAAUUCGGGCGCACUGCACGAACUACUGCUUGCUGCCAGGGACACGCAUUCGCGGCUGCACGGGCUCGAUCUCAGUAAAGCGCAGCUUUCGCUCGAGGACUCGAUGUGUCUCGGUGAAACGGUGCGCGUGUCUGGAACGCUGCAUUCUGUGCGCCUUGAAGGUGCUUCCCGGUUGAGCGAGAUCCUGCCGACGGUGCUGGGCGCCAGUGAAUCACCCUGUCUGCAGAUGUUGGCCCUUGGAUCACCCCGUAUUGCGCUGGAGGAUGCGGCCGUCGGUAUGUCAGCACGUGCGCUUGGGAGUUGCAUUACGCUGCGAUUGCUUAGCCUCGAUGGUUGGAGCUUCCGGAUAGAGAACGUUGGUACGCUGGCGUCGGUUCGAGGCUUCCUUUCGUUGACGUCGGUGCGUGAGCUUGGACUUGCCAACUGUCGGCUGAAUUUGUCGCUGUUCCGGAGUGAUGCGGUCGUUCAGCAGGGUGCGUUCGAGUGCCGUUCGGUGGUCAAUCUCAAGCUGGCAGGUGCACAGAUCAUCUUCGCGGAUCACCUGGCGAUGAAGGGCCCGCACAUGCUGCCGUACCUGGUUGGGUUUGUGAACCUGCGCGAGCUGGACCUUUCGGCUCCGGCACGGGCGGGUUUUGGGAGUAACACCGCGACACCGCUCAUCCUGUCGGACAAGGACCUGGUUGGGUUCUUUGGCACGCUUAAUGCCAGCUUCGGCCACCUCAACACGCUGAAAAUGUGCAACUGGAUCAUCCACCUGGACGAGGCGGCACGGACGCUCAAAGCGAUGGCAAAGCUGCUCAAAUCGAGCCCCCUCAGCCACGUCAAGCUCGACAGCAUCGUCGUGAUGGAUCGCCCCAAAAAGCAACGCAUCGAGCCACAGUUCCUGCACGCGUUCCUGGCCAACCUGCCGCUAUUACGAUGGCUUGGCAUCACCCUGCACGGGCUGAACGACGAGCAGAUAACGACCCUCGGCAACUACUGCGGUGACAUGCGUGGCAUCGAGAUCGACGUCAGGUUGUCCGAUUCGACGAUCGAAAACGCGCGCCUGAUGACGAGCAGCCUCGGUAUGGACGGUAAGUUCGACAUCCGCGUUUCCACGUUCGGCACCUCGAACAGCAUCCUGAUCCACAUCGAGAAGACGGCGACGAAAAGUUUGUCCCGCAAAUAA